AUGACAGCCAUUCAGAAUAUAUCAAAGUCAUUGUGUCGUAAAGUGGGGACCUCACAACAGGUGGCCAUGAGGAGAGAUCUGAUGGACGUCAGUGGAAUGAUACAAAAUCAAAUAAUAAGCGGAGAGUACAGUAUGAUGUUGAGUGGAAGUCGCAGAGAAGGAUUUAGACUGAAAGAAUCAGAUAUGGACAUUAUGAUAUGGCCAAAUAAUCACCGUGUGAUCUGGGAAUUAUCACAGUCUCAGUAUUACAACACAAACAGACAGACACUGAUCCUCUGUGACCGUUCAGAUAGUCCACCAGGGUUUACUUUGUUAUAUCUACUGUCACCAAGUGUUAAAAUGAAUAAUAAAUAUUAUAUUUCUAGUUCUCAAUACAGACAAAUCAUGUGUUCUGCAUUUCCACUUAACGCAUCCCAACAUGGACCCUGUGCCAGUGGAAUGUUUGGAACAACAGAAUAUGAUUGUGGCAAUUGUUUUGUCAGUGACUUUUGGCCUCCAUCUGCCUCCUCUUGGAUAGACAGAUGUCACUCAUGGCCCGAGCCUCAUGUUGUUAAUGAUAUAGUAAAAAAUGGAUGUCACUUUGUAGCAAUUGGACAUAAGCUAGGAAGUCAUGAAGACCAUGAAUGGAGAAUUUCUUUCUCUCUGGCAGAACAAAAACUAGUGUAUGCAAUGAAUCACUGUCAAUUCUUAACCUAUGGCUUACUUAAAUUGUUCUUAACAGAAAUAAUUAACAAUGGAGUAGGUGACUGGGUGAUUCAACAAAAUAUGAUACCUCACUGGUCUCCACAAAAUCUCCUGGAGUGUUUCUGGGUUUGUUUUAAACUCAUCCUCAAAUGGGUGUAUGAGGGGGUCUGUCCUAACUUUUUCAUUCCAAAAAACAACAUGUUUCUGAGUAAAAUUCAUGGCGACAAACAACAUCAACUAUUUAUUAGACUGUAUAGAUUGUAUGAGAAGGGUUUAGCAUUCCUGCUACACAGUCCCUCCAUUAAGUCAGAUAUAGAAGAAGUCCUUCAAAACCCGAGACAUCAUUUGUACAGAUGA